GUAAACUUGAAAGCGUCAACAGAAACAUCCAAUUUGAAAAUCUAACGAGUUACGUGAUGUUUAUUUGUAAUAAAAGUAGUAUUAAAUUAGUGUAGGACCUAGUAUCUUGAUCUUAUGUUAACGUGAUUGUGGAAAUGAAUGAAAAUAAACAACGUUUAAUUCACAAUUUUGUGGAUGAAACAGUGAUGGUUACACCAAAACCAAAUGCGUGUUCUACAGUAGAAAAGAAGAAUAAGUUUAAAAAAGGAGAUACAAAGGUUACACAUGAUUGGGAAGAUGCGGCAAGGUCAUCAAGUGAAUCCUUGGGCAUCUUGUCUCUUAAUGAUGUUCGUGUAGAUAGCAAUACUUUAGAAGACUGUGACAGUAAGAGAUAUUCCGAAUUUGACAAACAAAAGCGACUAGCAUUGAACUUGUUGAAUAGGACUCAAAAUGUUGGGAAAUUACCAUCACAGUAUUUAGUACCAUCCUCAACAAUUAAAAAGACUAACAGUAAAAUGGAAACUGAUGAAAGCACAAUAAAUGAGUCUGACAUACAUAAAUUAUUAGAGCAAGCUGAUUCGAAAAAUUCGAUUAGCGAUUUCAGAGAGUUACCUCAGUCAAUUUCAUCAAUUUUUAGUGUUAGUAAAAUGUCUGAAUUGUUUGGAAGAAGUAAACCAUCAGAAUUUACACCACAUGAGAAUUCAACUCCACGUACUUCCCAGUUCUCAGGAGAAUACAGUAAAAAAUUAGCAGAAAUUACAAAUGAAAUAGUAAAUACUGACAUUAGCAUGUCUGAAGUUUUGAAAGAUUUUCGAGAAUUUGAUACAUGUUUGUCAGAAUAUCCACAAGUAAGUGAUAUAAGCAAUGGUUCAUUUGUUCCAUCAGAACUAGCUAUUGAAAGACUUAAAGCAGAUGAAUUGGCCUGGAUGAAAGAGCAUGGUUCUUUAGUACUUAAUGAUCUCAAAAUUUCUGAUAUUAGUUCCUUUAUAAAAUCAGGAAAUGAUGAUAGUGGAAAAAUUUCUGAAUUCUUCUUAAAGAAGUCAGAAAAUAUAAGCAACCUUAACUUAAAUCCCAGUCCUGAAAAGCAAAAUGAACCUUAUCCUUUAAUAGACACAACAGGAGAAACAACUGAUAAUGUAAUGGUAAAUAAUAGCAAUAAAAACAGUGAAGCUGUAGAUGAAACUUUUAAUGUGGACACCCUUAGUCAGGAAAUUCAGAAGAUGAUUUCUUCCAAUGAUGAUACAGUACAUGUUCUUAGUAUGAUUUGUAAAAAAGGGUUUACCAAAAACAAAGAUGAAGAUGAUAAUGUUGAAUCUUUAAAAGCAGAAAAGCAAGAACGGAAAAACGAAGCUAUUCUAGAACAAGAAUAUUCCAAAGUCAAAAAGGAUAGUUCUUCCAAAUUUUCAUUGCAGAAUACCCCCAAUAAAAUGAAAAAGAGUCCUACAAAGAAAUCUUUACCGACAUCACCUCUAUGUGAAAGCAAUAAAAUUGAAGGCAGGCAUUCACAUAAAUAUGCAAGGGAUUCUCAACGAUAUAGCCAUUUCCCUGGCGAUGACGUAAAAAAAUAUCUAAAUAGAGCAUUUGUGAAAUUGCCACAUACGUUUCCUGAAAAACAUCGUAAUUCAACUUCACUCGCUCCUACGACAAUAAAUAAAUAUUCUAACGAAAAAGAAAAUAAUAGUAAUAAUCGCAAAUGUGCAGAACCCCUUACUAGAGAUACGAAUGCAAAAUCUAGUAAAUUGCAGUACAGUCUCUCAAAAGAUCGAAUUUUGGAAGAAUAUUGCAAUUUUACUUCACAAAAUCCUCAGAAUCAUGAGAAAAAGGAAAGGCAUGAGAAAAUUGAAAAACGUACUGAAAAUGUAGAUUAUUUGGAAAUUCCAACUAUAGACUUUUUUCAAAAUAAGAAUCCUUCCAAAAGUCGUACUCCUGAAAAAAAAUCUCAAUCGCAAACGCUCGAUACAGAAAUAGGUCCCGAAGGACAAAAAAUCUCUUUCAAAAGUAACAGUCCGACAAAUGAAUUAAGAAGUUUCUCUCCAAACUCUUGUUAUUCAGGAAUUUCUGAUGAUAAAAGUUCUCGAGGAUCAGUUAGAUCUGGAAGCAGUUUAGAUAAUUUACCUGAUGGCAAAUUGCCAAUCGAAAGCUCGCAUAUCGAACUGAUUUGGGGUUGCGUUAAAGUUGGUAAAAAAUCUACUCAAGAGUUCCUAUUAAGAAAUCGUUCUCAUCAAAAAUUACGUCUCGAAGCGUCUGUAACAGGAUCCAGUUUCAAAAUAUCGAGAGACAAACAUGAUUCUGAACUUCGUACUAACAUACAACUUAUUUUGUAUCCAAAAGAGUCCCGAACAAUAAGCGUUUCUUUCUUUCCAACGUCUAUAGGUUCUGCAGCAGAACAGCUAAACUUUUAUCCUGCCGAUAAAUCACUUCAUUCCCAGUAUACCUCAAAACAAAUGAUAUGGCUUUUUGGUUAUGGCGGACACGCUAAUGCUGAACUGCAAAAUAUUACGAAAGACACCAGAGGCAAAUAUUGGUUAUCUUUGGGAAACAUUAAUGAAAGCAAUGAUUACAUUAAAACAUUCGAAAUUAAAAAUGUAGGCCCUCUUUCAAGUUUUAGCAUAUUUGAAGUAGAAAGUAGAGGACUGAGAAAGUAUUCCAAUAUUAAUGUGAACCCUUCCCAUGUUGUGAUAAGACCCAAUGAAGUAGUAGAAGUUUCUAUAAGUUUUUAUCCUAAUAAAGAUGAUUUUAAACAAAUUAUGGAAUUGAUGAACAGAGAGGGAGUUGAACUGGCUCACAUAAAUAUUAUUAGUGGCCCUGAACCUCUAAGAGGGCGAAUAAGGAGACUGAGGAAAAAAAUAUCAGAACAAAUGGGUGCUGUACCUGAUUAUCCUAUAGUACAAACAUUAGCCGUUGCCUUUCCAGGUGAGCAAAUUCCUCGUGAUAUCUCGCGAUGUAAAGAAAGCCCCACAGCCAUGAAGGAGCUCCUUAAACACUUGUCACAUAAAGAAAUAGUAAUCACAAUGGAACAGGAUAUUGACCAAACAAUUGUAGGAAAUUUAAGAUGUCUUGAUGACUCUUCCCACUUUUAUUCUUUGUGUCAAAAUGAUAGAACACUAACAGUUUUUGAAACAACUUCCCGCCAGUUUGGCAAUUUUGGUAUAGAGCCCGAUAAAUUAUUUUUGACUCCCCCUAAGAAAAUAGAAGAUUCAUUUUUGAUUACAUGUGAAAGGAAUAGAGAGAUUUAUUUUGAAAUUAUCCCAGACGAUCAGGAUUUACUGCAAUGCAAUCCACAAAGUGGAACCGUUUUGUCAAAUGAGCCUGCACUUGUUGUCAUACGUUGCAAUGUUAGUAAAAUUGAUCGACCUCUAAUUUUAUCAAAAGUUAAAGUUUAUGUAGAGAAUGAAGUCACCGAAGUUCUGGUGAAAAUUGUUGUAAUACAAAAUCUAAAAACACCUGCUAAUUACGCCAUAUAGUUAUUAUUAUUUUUUAUUCUAAUGUGUUCUGAUAAUUGCAUUUAUAUGUUCUAAAUUGUUUUCUGGGAAAAUUUAAUAAAAAACAUUCGUAUUU